GGCUAUCAGUCUAACUUAUGCACUUACCAAUAUUCUUUAAAUCUUUGAAAGUGUAUAAAAUGUUGAUAAUUUUUAAAACAUUUAUUAUAUAUCUCUUCAUUGUAUCCUGCACUUACUCACCACAACCCAAUAAUGGUAAACUUCCAUCUGAAUCUGAUGAUUUCAAAACACUCCCAGUUGCAGAUCAAAGUGAGAAAGACAAAGCACUACUUUCAGCUAAAUACGAAAAACAAGUACAAAUACUGAUGUUACCCUUUGCCAAAUAUUUCAGUAUGAUCCCUGAUGCUUUAGAUAGAGGUGAAUUGAAGGGCAAAUUGGAUAUGUUAGCUCACCAAGCGGUAAUGGCUGAGGAAACAUUGAAAGAACAAGGAGAUUCGAGGGAUAAAGCUGCCACGUAUCAGUUACUUCUUGGACUCACGUUUAGAGUCGACACCUUAGAAAGUAUCUUGGUACCAGAUCAGAAGUUGGUAGGACAGCGCAGCAAGAGAUGGAUGCAUAUUUUAUCUCUGAAUACUCCAGCGGUAGUAAAUCUCCGUAAGAAAGUCAUUGCUGCUGGAAUGACUGAGCACUCUUUUGCUAAAGAAAUAGAACGAUUGAUUCAGGAAAGAAACAACCGCGUUGGCCAUGCGAACGUUCCAUUACCCCGAUUGAUUAAAAAGAAAACGAUUGAGGGAGCACUCCGGAUAAUGGAGAUUACUGAAGAUGACGCAGCUGUUGAAACAUUGAAAAUUUUAGUAGCGCCAGUAAAAGGUUUAGACUUUGAACCAUCCGCUGCCACCGACCCCACCGACCCCGCUACUACCGACCCAACUUGCCAGUUAAUCAACGCCACCGACCCAACUAUUUGUGAGAGGAAGGGGAACUAAGGAGCAAAUCCUCAACCUCAGGCUGCUGAUUGAGAAAGCACGCGAAUACAAUAGAUGGGUGCCCCAAUACAUCUGGUGUGGCUGGUAAAACAAUUAUAUGAGGGGAGCAUGGCAAAUGUCCGAAUCAACAGAGAGAUAACAUUGGAGAAAUUCCACCCAGAGAGAGGAGUAUGACAAGGCUGCGUUCUAUCCCCACUCCUGUUUAAUCUGUAUGGAGAAUAUAUAAUUUGUGAAACGUUGCAACUAAUUGUAUCAGAAAGCACCAAUGAAGACAGCUCAGGAGAGUGGUAGGGAGGAUUAUCAAUUGGAGGUGUACGAAUGUCAAAUCUUCGCUACACUGAUGACACCACCCUCAUUGCUUCAAGUGUCGAAUAUAUGACCAGUUUUCUGAAAUGUAUGGAAGAGGUCAGCGCAAAAUACGGACUGCUAAUAAAUAAAGCAAAGACAAAGAUCAUGAUUGUGAACUGGCCUGAAAACAACUCGCUGGAAAUACAGGAAAUUCAGAUUAUAAGAAGCGCCAUGUCUGGUCUAAAGAAGAUAUCACGAUAACGUUUUAAAAAAGCAUCCAAAAAUCAAGCAUUACAAUAUUGAAGAGUUUUUUGAAAAAAAAAAACAAGAAAAUAGGUAGUGUGAUGACUUAAUUACCCUUUUUAAUUAAUUACGCACUUGGUAUCAAUUUACUUUAAUUUAUAAAAGCACAAACUUAUUUAUAUAAAAAGUUACAUUAAAGCACAAAAGAUUAGCUUAGGUGUUUUACAUGUAGGAAGACUGACUGAAUGAACCAAUAUUUCGAUAGUAUUUAUACGGAACUUUUAGGUGCCAGGGUGGUCAAGUAGCCUGGACAAUAAGUAAUCGGAGCUGAUACAUAAGUUGCAAGUUAUUGAAAAGCUGGGUUAUAGGAUAAUCUACUUGAAGCGCCAUAUCUAUGUUUUACUGGAGUUGGCCUUGUGUAAAGGCAGGAGCGGAUUGCUGAUAGUUUAGCCAGUUUAUAGUUCAGUCAGCUUAUGGCUUAGUCAGUUUAUGGAUUGGGUGGUUUAUAGUUUAGGCAGUUUAUAUAUUUUCGUCAUUACAAUUUUUCCAUGCUUCCAGAGAAAAGUGACCUCACUUUUCAGCUUCAGUUUUCGAGAGUUGCACCUAAGCUGUACAUACAGACUCAAAAUACCUCGUAUUAGUAGAUGAAUAAUAAAUAAUUUAGGCUAUGAUUAAUUAAUAAAUGAUUUAUUGAUAAAAUAUCAAAGGUAGGAAAAAAAUUUACAGAAAGUAGGUAUUGGAUAAUACAAACUUAAGAAUAUGAGUAAAAAAAAAUAUCAAGAGUCUUAAAGAUUGAUAAAAUGAAGAAUAAAUUGAGUAAGUAAGUAUACUUGAAAUUGAAAAAGAAAGUUAAAAAAAUAUAGAGUAAGUAUCUAAAAAUAAAGAAAUACUUAAUGCUGAGUAUAUUUAAUCUUAAAAAUUUAAGAAUAAAGUAAAUGAGAUUAACUUAAAAUUUUAAAAAAAAAGGUAAAAAAAAUUGAUCAGGUAUUUUUAUGCUUUUUUGAUUAAAAUUUUGAUUAAAAGUGAGAAACACAAUAAGAUUAAAAAUGUAAGAAUACUUAACCAAGUGGAAAAUAUAAAUUCACUUAGGUAAAUGCUAUUAACUACUGACGUUUGUAAAUUUUUCAAGUUCAAAGUUCUCAAUUUUUCUUUGAAACUUUCACUAGUUUGUUUUAUAUUAAAAUUUGGAGUAUGAUCUUUCCACUGUUGAUCUAAAAUUUUUGAUAAAUUUUUGAAUUUCAAGGGAUUAUUUCUAUUGAAUUCAAUUUGUCCAGUUUCAAGUUUAGUCCAUUGAAGGGGGACAAUUCUAAGUACUUGAAUAAAAUUUGGCAAAAAUUUUGGACAUGGGAAUUCUGAUGGAAUUAUUAUUUGUGUUUCUUCAUCUGUUUCUUGAAUAAGUUCCAAUUCACAAGGUAAUUGUAAUUUUAUAGCACCUGAUUGGUUGUAAUUAAUUUGUAGUGUGGUAAUAUUUUCAUCAGUAGAAUUUCGAAUAUAAAGUUUUGGUUGAGGAUUUGAUAAAA